CGAGUCUCCGAAAAUUACUAUCAGCUUUUGGCAGUAGAAAUGCGAUUGCAACAGGUAUGAUAGUUAUUCUUACUCUGUUAAAUGUCAUCAUUCACCAAUUGAUUAAUAUAUCUCCGGAACAAAACACUGGAGAAGGAAACAUCUCACCAUCAUCAAUGGGCAUGGUGGAGGAGGAGGAGGAUUUAUGUCGAUGCUUUUCACUUGUAGAGAUCAAGUUGGCUACAAACAACUUUGAUGAUAAACUUGUCAUUGGGAGUGGUGGAUUUGGUAAAGUAUAUAAAGGGCAGAUCUUUGGGACCACUGUGGCCAUAAAACGUUUGAAUUUGCAUUCCAGUCAAGGGGCUAACGAAUUUUGGACAGAGAUCAAGACCCUUUCAAAGCUCCGGCACAAUCAUCUUGUCUCUCUGAUUGGCUACUGUGACCAAUGUCCGGAGAUGAUUCUGGUCUACGACUACAUGGCCCUUGGAACGGUUGGUGAUCAUUUAGUCAAAAAUCAAAGGAAGGGUCUUAGUGAAUAUUCACCUCUCACUUGGGAGCAGCGACUCAACAUCUGCAUUGGUGCGGCACAAGGGCUAGACUACCUUCAUACAAGUAGGGGAGUUAUUCAUCGAGAUGUCAAGAGCUCAAACAUUCUGGUGGAUGAAAAUUGGGUAGCUAAGAUUUCAGAUUUUGGACUGUCCAAAAUGGAUACUACAAGCCUAUUGCACACCCAUUUUAGCACCAACGUUAAAGGCACAUUCGGGUAUUUGGAUCCCAAGUAUUUCCUGACUCGUAGAUUGACGAAGAAAUCUGAUGUAUAUGCCUUUGGUGUGGUAUUGUUUGAAGUGUUGUGUGGAAGGCCGGCUGUGCAUGUCGAGCUUGAGGAGCAGCUGCAGCAUAGUUUAGCAUUGUGGGCCCAACACUGCUUCAGAGAGGGAACCCUUGAUCAGAUCAUUGACCCUAGUGUGAGGAUGCAGUUGCGGCCGCAUUGUUUGAAGGAGUUUACCAAUAUUGCCAUCAAAUGUUUGCAUGAUAGUCCGAAUGAACGACCUACCAUGACUGAGGUGGUGGAGAGCCUCAAAUUUGCAAUGAUGCUAUGGCAAGGAGGGGCAGAAUCAUAUACAGAGGAUGAGAUUGUUAGCGUCGGUGAAUCUUGCAAAGAUGAGCAGAUUGAUGGGAUUGUUUCAUUGGGUGAUCCUAGACGUCCCCCAACAACCAAGGGAUCAGAAAUCAAAACCAAGAAGAAGGUAAAGAGUAGUACACCCAAAACAAGUAAAGAUGAUGAUAUUGGGAAAAGAAAGAAUGACUAUGGUAACCAUGGACAGUCAUUGGGGUGGUGGGACAUGCUUUGGGGUAGAAUGAGAUUAUCAAAGACAACAAAUGCUUUUCCAUUGCCAGAGGUUCCCUCUUCACCACCCAAAGUAUUUUGUCGUCCUUUCUCACUUGCUGAGAUUCGAGCUGCAACCCACAAUUUCAGAUACACCCUUCAAAAACAAAAAGGUUAUGGUAGCAAGAUUUACAUGGGUUAUACGGAAGAAAUGGGGAAGAUUGCUAUCAGAAGAUUGACCUCCCAUAUAUGCCAAGAAUUCUGGUCCGAGGUCAAUUUGCAAUCCCAAAUGCGAUGCAUUAACUUGGUGCCCUUGGUUGGAUACUGUUACGAUGAUGGUCAGAUGUUCUUGGUACAUGAAUACAUGGCCAAGGGGACCCUAUUCGAUCAACUCCACAACACUUUCAAUAAUUCUGUACUCUCCUGGAAGCAGAGGCUCCAAAUCUGCAUUCAUGCUGCAAGAGGUUUGAACCAUCUUCAUACAGGUGAGAAGGACAGAAUUGUUCAAGGCAACAUAAGCUCGUCCAACAUCCUAUUGGAUAAAAAUUGGGCUGCCAAGAUUUCAAGCUUUCGUUUCUGUGACAGAACCACAAUGUCAACGCUUGCCAAUGGCUAUGCAGAUCCAGAGUAUAUGUCCACCGAAAGACUUACCGAAAAAGCUGAUGUUUAUGCCUUCGGUCUGGUGCUGUCUGAAGUUUUGACCGGGAAGCAAGCACUGGAUUUAAGAGCAAGCAUACUCGAAACCGAGACAAUGAAUCUAUCGGAGUGGCUCAAAAACUGUGUAAACACUGGGACAGUGGAUCAGAUCAUUGAUUGCCAUCUAGUUGGACAGGCAUCACCUCAUUCUUUGAGUGUUUUUGUGGAUGUUGCUAUUAAGUGCUUGCUUUCUAGUAUGAAACGCCUUCCAAUGAUUGAAGUUGUGCGCGGACUAGAGCUUGCUUUGGAAUUGCAGGAAAGCCACGGUUCUGCCAUGGAGGUUAGUGAUAAAUCUCAGCUUCUGGUACAACCGUUGUAGCGUUAGGCACAUUGCUUAAUUUUAUCAAGGGUUGGCAGCGAAAAACACCAUAAGGUGUACAUGUAAAGUGUAUAACUGUUUUUGAAUUUUUCAGCAAACAAUAAUUUGAAUGCUGAAAAGAUUAAAGCAGCAGUAUCUCUCUGAGUAAAAAAGGGUAAAAAAAAUGACUAACGUGUCUCUCUCUUUUUUAUUUUUUUAUUUUUUUAUUUUUAUUUUUAAAGAGCAUUAUUGGAAGAGAAAAAUCAGAAAAGUUGUAUUUUUAGAAUUUUAUAUCUUUAAAAUGUUGACUAAAUUUGUAACGAAACAGUG